CCAUGCCAGUGCCAGAUCCCAGAGGAGAUGCGGGCCGGUGGGCCAACGCCAGCGCCCGUGUGCGAAAUGCCAGCCAGCCGGAGCCAGUGCCCAGGAGGAAGAAACGGAAUUGGUUUUAUAGAUGUUGCGGGUGCUGCUCGGGCAUGGGGGACGAUGGCGACUGGGGACCAGCACCAGGGGAGAUGCCCGGAGCUCGGCGGACGGAUCCUGUCAUCCGUGAGGGCAUGCUUGUGGUCAGCGGCAUCGACAUGAUGAGCAGCCGGUCAGGGAGCAACCGGUCCAGCCACCACACGGACGAGUACGAAUACGACCACCUCAUCGUCCGCCGUGGGCAGCCGUUCGAUAUCAGGAUUCAGUUCCAGCAGGAUUACGACCCCGAAGAGCACCGGGUUUGCCUGGAGUUCCUCAAUGGGCCCAACCCACAGACCUCCAAGGGAACGCACGUCCUGGUCCCGGUGGGCACCCGACUGUCAGACAGGAGUUGGGGAGCGGAGUUGCUUGAGUCAAGUGGGAAGACCAUGGCCCUCCGGGUCACCACUUCGCCCAACGCCCUGAUUGGCAAAUACCAGUUCAGCGUCAAGACCCGAAGCAAGGCAGGAGAAUACCCAGCGCCCUUCGACCCCCGCUAUGACGUUUACGUCCUCUUCAACCCUUGGUGUCCUGAUGACCCCGUUUACAUGCCGCAGACCAGCACGCUGGGGGAGUACGUGCUGAACGAAUCAGGGCGCAUCUACUAUGGGACCGAGUCGCAGAUUGGGGAGCGGACGUGGAAUUAUGGGCAGUUCGACAAGGGCGUGCUGGAUGCCUGUAUCUAUAUGCUGGACCGGCGAGGGAUGCCUCAUGCAAGCCGUGGAGACCCCAUCAUGGUCUCCCGCGUUGUCUCGGCCAUGGUCAACUCUCUGGAUGACAACGGGGUCCUGGUAGGAAACUGGACGGGGGACUAUUCCCGCGGCACCAACCCUUCGGCCUGGGUGGGCAGCCGAGACAUCCUCCUGAAGUAUCACCAGAGUGGCUACCCUGUGCUCUACGGGCAGUGCUGGGUGUUUGCCGGAGUCGUGACUACAGUGCUGCGGUGCCUGGGCAUUGCCACGCGGACCGUCACUAACUACAACUCGGCGCACGACACCGACGUCAGCCUCACCAUGGACAUUUACUUCGAUGAGAACAUGAAACCCUUGGAGAAUCUGAAUGCCGACUCUGUCUGGAAUUUCCACGUCUGGAAUGACUGCUGGAUGAAACGUCCUGACCUGCCUUCAGGGUUUGACGGCUGGCAGGUGGUAGAUGCCACUCCUCAAGAGUCAAGCAGUGGCAUCUUCUGCUGUGGGCCAUGCUCCGUCGAGGCCAUCAAGAAUGGGUUGGUCUACAUGAAAUACGAUGCAUCCUUCUGCUUUGCCGAGGUGAACAGCGAUAAGGUGUACUGGCAGCGCCAGUCUGACGGCAGCUUCAAGAUCGUUUAUGUGGAGGAGAAAGCCAUUGGCCACCUGAUCAGCACCAAGGCGGUGGGCUCUGAGAGGCGUGAGGACGUCACCAGCCUCUACAAACAUCCUGAAGGAUCCGAGGAAGAGCGCAAAGCGGUGGAAACAGCUGCCAAACACGGCACCAAGGCCCACAUCUACAAAAACAAAGAGUGGGGGGAGGACAUCUCCAUGACCGUGGACACCCAAGAGGCCUACACGGGGCAAGACAUCACCCUGCGGGUCAACCUGAAGAACCGAAGCAGCAUGCCCCGCGACGUCUCGCUCAACCUCUUCGUGGCCGUCAUGUACUAUACCGGCGUAACAGGCAGCCAUUUUAAGAAGGAGCAGCGGCAAGUCCAGAUUCCGGCAAAUGGAACCCAGACUGUUCCGAUGUUGAUCUCCUACGCCGAGUACAAGCCCCACCUGGUCGACCAGGGGGCCAUGAAGCUCAGCAUCUCCGGAAAAGUGGCGGAGACAGGUCAAGUUCUGGCUAAGGAGCACACCUUCCGUCUGCGCACUCCGGAUCUCACUCUGACGUUACUGGGCCCAGCCAUCGUUGGACAAGAGACCCAAGUCCAGAUUGUCUUCAAAAACCCUCUUCCUGUCACACUGACUAACGUCAUCUUCCACAUGGAGGGAUCUGGGCUUUCCACCCCCAAUAAGAUGACAGUAGGGGAUAUCGGCCCGCACCAAACGGUGAAGAUGCGCCACACUUUCACACCGCUGCGCUCAGGCCGUCGCCAGCUGGCUGCCAGCCUGGACAGCCCUCAGCUCUCCCAGGUCCACGGAGUGCUGACGAUCGAUGUGGCCACAGGGCCCGUGCGGGGCCCGUCGGGUUCCCCCGCCCCUGCUCGGGCUUCUCCUGUCCUUUCCCGAGACUCUCCGGGUAGGCAGCCCGCCAACCGCGGCAGCCCCGCAAACACCCGUACUUCUCCGGCACGGGGCUCCCCGUCUCGCCAGCCAGAUCCCCGCGGGUCCCCCAAUUAUCGUGGGUCACCUGGUGCUGCCAGAAGAGAGCGGACUGGGCGCCCUAUCUGAGCCAGACUCUAGUUGCUAUGUACUGUGUAUCUAAAA